AUGGGAAACACAACGGUUAACUUGAAGCCCUGGUGGGAGAUUGUUAGAGAUGACGUGGAGGGGGAGCGCGAGCACUGCAAGAAAGGCACCGGGCCGUUCACCGACGUGUGUGGUCGUCGACGACGAUCUAUAUUCCUCGUGUGCCAAUUGUCAUUGGAAGAGCAUAGGACAUCGGUGUAG